AUGGUUGACGUUUCAGUGAAUAAUGUAUCAUCAUUAAAUAUAGAUCCUACUAUUUCCAUACGAUCAUCUGCUAGUUCUUCAGAAUCUCCUAAGGAUUUGAUCAAGAAAAAAUCUGAUGAAGAUGAAGAACUUUAUCAAGGGAGAAAGAUCUCCAAAUCUGCUAGAUUAAAGCAAAUGAGAGAAUCUCAAAAGGUAUUAAGAGAUGAAAGAAAGAAGAAAAUUCAAAAUUUAGAAACUGAAAAUUAUGCUUUAAGUCAUGAAGUUACUUUAUUAAGAAGAGCUAUUGGUUAUUUAAUUCCUAAAGGUUCAAAUUCGGAUAAAUUUUAUCCUCCAUCCAAAUUACCUAACAUUUAUAACUUUGAUAGAGUUGUUUUAAAUGGUGUUAAAAGAUUUGAAGGUAUUGAUGAAGAAAUCGUUGCUAAAUUCUUUAUUGAAGGGAUUUGUAUUGUGGCAAGUACUUUAGAAGCACUUCAACUUUGUAUGAGUACAGAAGGAUGUGUUGAAGAAUCCGAUCGUUUAAUUAAAGGUGUAUUCAGAUUUACUCCAACUCUUGAAUUAAGAAGAUUAUUUUAUGAUCAAUUAGUUCAUUAUGUUACUUAUAAAGUUGUUCCACAUUAUUGGAAGAAUUCUGAUGAACAUUUACCUAAUGGAGUUAUGAGUUUAUUUUUAAUUGUACCAUUUAUCAUUGAAUAUUGUAAUUAUGAUACCAUUAGUAUGGAAGCUUUAAAAGGUUUCUUGGCUAGAUGUACAUUUGCAACAUACUGGGGUCCUGCUAUUUAUGUUAGUGAUAUAAUACUUUGUGUAGCUGCUGCUUCUGAUCCUGAAUUUGACGGUGAUGUCAUCAUUGGUCUGUUAGAAUCAAAAUUAUGUACUUCAUCUGUUGGUAUUUCUGAAUAUAGUGAUGCCAGUAGUGAUAAACAAUUGGUUAAUUAG